AUUCAUGUAGAUAUGUGUUAUAAAACUACUGAUAGCAUGAACCUUUUUAACUCCUUUAAUAAGAUACUGUUGUGAACAACUUUCAGUCAUUUCUGCAUGUUGCUGUGAGUGUAAACUGACUCUACUUACAAGUAAAAACGAACCUUUCAGAGAACUCCAGUAAUUUUGUCCAUUCUUUCAACAUAAGAUAUACAACAGAAUGAAGAUCUCUGUGAGUUUUACGCUGUUGCUGCUGCUCGGCGCCGUCUCCGCUGAAGAAAGUACCGAUUAUCAGCUGCCUUUUCCUCAAGAUAUCUACAUUGCGCUGGAACAGAUGACCGCCUCGUUGGAUCAACUGAAGGCAGACAUGAGCUUUUUGCAAAGAGAGACUCAAGUCCGACAGGUUGCGUUCUCAGCCUCUCUGGGGGCUGGAGCUGGACCAACAACUUUAGGACCCUUACCCACGGCCACUACCCUGAUCUACAAACACGUUAUCACCAACACUGGAAAAGCCUACAACUCAAACACAGGUGUGUUCACUGCCCCGGUGAAAGGAGUGUACCACUUUGAGUGGACGAUCGGUGCAUAUGGAGACGGCAGCCACGGUUCAGGGGCUUGGUUGGUCAAGAACACAGAGAAUGUUUUCAUGGCAUACGAGUAUCAGAAGGCCGGUUUUAUGAGUUCUUCUAAAGGCGCUACGCUGUUGCUGGAGGAGGGAGACGUUGUGUCUGUGCAUCUGGUGGCUAACAAUUUGGUGUAUGACAAUGUAAGUCACCCCAACACCUUCAGUGGGCAUCUGCUGUUCCCCAUAUAAGACAGAAACAGCAGCUCUGUGAUAGUCACGCAGGUUUUUUUGUCUUAAACAAGUCUUCAUAUAGCACUUCAUUGAUUUAAACUUCAUCUGCAUCCAAAUAAUAAGUAAUAAUUAUCGACAGAAAUCUUUUUUCCUUCAAAAACAA